UGGUGAGAAGUUACAAGAGGAGUUUUAACGGGUUUGCGGCCCGACUCACUGAGUCAGAACGAGAACGAGUAGCUGAAAUGGAGGGAGUUGUGUCUGUGUUCCCAAACAAGAAGUUAAAACUCCAAACGACUGCGUCUUGGGACUUCAUGGGUUUAAAGGAAGGAAAGAAUACGAAGAGGAACCCGACCGUGGAAAGCAAUACUAUUAUUGGAGUCAUCGACACUGGAAUUUGGCCGGAAUCCGAGAGCUUUUCCGACAAAGGCUUUGGUCCUCCUCCUAAGAAAUGGAAAGGAGUUUGCUCCGGCGGCCAAAAUUUCACAUGCAACAACAAGUUGAUCGGAGCAAGAGACUACACACGCGAAGGCACUAGGGACAUCGAUGGCCACGGUACACACACUGCGUCCACUGCAGCUGGAAACGCAGUCGCAGGCGCAAGCUUCUUAGGAAUCGGCAAUGGAACAGCAAGAGGUGGUGUUCCAGCCUCUAGAAUUGCAGCUUACAAAGUCUGCUCUGAGACAGAGUGUAGCACGGAAGCUGUACUGUCUGCGUUCGAUGACGCAAUCGCAGACGGUGUUGAUCUCAUCAGCAUCUCCCUCGGGAGAGACGACAAGGCUCCCAAGUACGAAGAGGAUACGGUUGCGAUCGGGGCUUUUCACGCUAUGGCCAAAGGGAUUCUCACUGUGCAAUCAGCCGGUAACAACGGUCCUAAUCCGAACACAGUUGGGAGUGUAGCCCCAUGGAUCUUAACCGUUGCAGCCAGCACCACGAACCGUGAGUUUAUCACCAAAGUCGUUCUCAGUAAUGGCAAAACACUUAACGGAAAAUCAGUGAAUACUUUUGAUCUGAAAGGAAAGAAUUAUCCACUUGUGGACGACGAAAAUUUUAUAGAACCUCAGAUGAAGGGAAAGAUCUUGGUGAGCGGAUAUUCAUUAGAUUCGGAAGUAGCUGUUGCAUCCAUAAUGGUAGACUCUCUAGACUAUGCAUCCGUUAAGCAUAGGCCCUUCUCUGCUCUGUCACAAGAUGACUUCGACUAUCUCGUCUCUUAUAUUAACUCCACAAAGUCUCCGCAAGGAACUGUUCUAAAAACUGAGGCAAUCUUUAGUCAGAAAGCUCCUCGAGUUGUUUCCUUCUCUUCUCGUGGUCCAAACCCCAUUGCAGUUGAUCUUCUAAAGCCAGAUGUAACAGCACCAGGAGUAGAGAUCCUCGCUGCCUAUUCACCUUUGGCUUCACCAUCAGAAGAUAUCAGGGACACAAGACAUGUGAAGUACUCUGUUCUGUCCGGAACUUCAAUGUCUUGUCCACACGUUGCAGGCGUGGCUGCGUACAUCAAGACUUUUCAUCCUGAAUGGUCUCCUUCCGCUAUCCAAUCUGCCAUCAUGACAACCGCUUGGCCAAUGAAUGCAUCUGAAACUGAGGUUGCAUCGACCGAGUUUGCUUACGGAGCUGGCCAUGUCGACCCAAUAGCCGCUCUAAAUCCUGGACUUGUCUAUGAACUGGACAAAGCAGACCACAUCGCCUUUCUCUGCGGCUUGAACUACACUUCCCAAACCCUUAAACUCAUUUCUGGUGAAGCCGUCACUUGCACCGGAAAUACCCUACCAAGAAACCUCAACUAUCCUUCAAUGUCGGCUAAACUUUCAAGAUCUAAUAGCUCCUUCACCGUGACUUUCAACAGAACCGUCACAAACCUCGGUACCCCUAACUCAACAUACUUAUCAAAGAUUUUCUUGAAUCACGGAUCUAAACUAAGUGUUAAGGUAUCCCCUAGUGUUCUAUCAAUGAAGUCUGUGAACGAGAAGCAGUCUUUCACCGUGGCUGUUUCCGGCAACAAUCUCGACCCAAAGCUGCCUUUGUCAGCGAAUCUGAUUUGGUCAGAUGGUACACAUAACGUGAGAAGUCCCAUUGUUGUCUAUACUGAUGGUAACUAAUGAGGCAUUAUCAUUUCACCAUAAUUGUUGUGAAACGUAAUUCUAGAUUUGUGUUUAAAUCUCCAUUAACAGUUAUCAAGGAGCUUUUGCAUCUAUUUGAAUUAAACUCAGCCAAAUAUCCUAGAAGAAAAAAUUGAAUUCAAGCAUUCUCGUCUCAACUAUCAUCUCAAUUCUCAAGGAUCCAAUUCAAAUUUUGAUAAAAGCUCCAGAAACAAAAAGCAGAGGAAUGUUACCUCAGAGAAUUCGAUUUUCACUCUCAGA